UGCCAAAAAUUAAAAAAACAUUCCGCUCAAUGAAGCCGGCAUCUUAAUUCUUGCUGCGACAUGAGGUAUCUAAAUUAAAUAUACUUGACUUAACGCAACGAUUAUCCAAUCCCUUAUAGUCAUUUGUAGCAUUUUACAUUUAGUAUUUUCGCUAAACUCCCGGCUAAAUCCUUCCAGUUCCCUGCCAGCUAACAUUAGCUAUGCGCACGGAUGCUAACGUUACUCUGUUUGCUAGUUGCUGUUAGCAAACACGCUAACCGUUAACGUUAAUCCCGUAAUUGUUCGUCUACUAUAGCUUUAGAGUCGUAUCGUUAUAUGUUGUGUGGUUUCAGAGAGAGAGAGAGACACCAUCAUGUGGUUCAACCUUAACUAUACGAUGUGAACAGGGUGUUGUUACCUGUAGCCAGCUAUGGCACCAGGGGAUGUGGUGCCAGACCAUGUCAAGCAGGUGAAGCCCAAGGAGAAGCGACCUGCAAACAAGGCACCGAAAGCAGACUGUGAGCCGGAUGGGUCCUUUAUCUUUGAAGCUCAUGAAGCUUGGAAGGACUUCCAUAACUCCCUCAGGCAUUUUUAUGAAGUGGGAGAGCUCUGUGACGUCACGCUGAAGGUGGGCAGUAGGUUGAUACCAUGCCACAAGCUAGUGCUGGCUUGUGUGAUCCCUUACUUCAGGGCCAUGUUCCUGUCUGAGAUGUCCGAGGCGAAGCAGGAACUGAUAGAGAUCAAGGACUUUGACGGUGAUGCCAUCCAGGACCUGGUGCAUUUUGCUUACUCCUCCAAGCUCACAUUAACUGUGGACAAUGUCCAGCCGCUGCUUUAUGCUGCCUGCAUCCUUCAGGUGGAGUUGGUGGCCCGAGCCUGCUGUGAGUACAUGAAGGCCCACUUUCACCCCACUAACUGCCUGGCGGUACGGACCUUCGCUGAGAGCCACAAUCGCGUGGACCUGAUGGACAUGGCUGACCGCUAUGCCUGCGAACACUUCACUGAGGUAGUGGACUGCGAGGACUUCACGUGCGUCUCUCCCCAGCACUUGCGCACGUUAUUGUCCUCCAGCGAGCUCAAUAUCCAUUCAGAAACACAGGUGUUCAAUGCAGCCGUGAAAUGGCUGAAAGCGAACCCACAGCACCACGAGGACUGGCUGGAGCAGAUCAUGUCUCAGGUGCGCCUCCCCCUGCUCCCUGUAGAGUUCCUGACUGGAACAGUGUCUAAGGACGAGAUGAUUAAAGGUAACCUGAGUUGUCGCGACCUGAUGGACGAAGCCAGGAACUACCACCUGCACCUUAGCAACAAGGUGGUGCUGGACUUUGAGUACACAGUCCGUACCAUACCCCGGAAACACACUGCAGGGGUUUUGUUCUGUGUGGGUGGCCGGGGGGGUUCUGGUGACCCAUUUCGCAGCAUCGAGUGCUACUCCAUCACUAAGAACAGCUGGUUCUUUGGUCCUGAAAUGAACAGCAGACGGCGUCACGUGGGUGUAAUAUCUGUAGGAGGCAAGGUGUAUGCUGUUGGGGGCCAUGAUGGUAACGAACACUUAGGCAACAUGGAGAUGUUUGACCCCCUCACCAACAAGUGGAUGAUGAAAGCCUCCAUGAACACCAAGAGGAGGGGUAUAGCCCUGGCAGCUCUCGGUGGUCCUAUCUACGCUAUUGGAGGUCUGGAUGACAACUCCUGCUUCAACGACGUGGAGCGUUAUGACAUUGAAAGUGACUGCUGGAACGCCGUGGCUCCGAUGAACACGCCCAGAGGAGGAGUGGGCUCUGUGUCAUUGGGGAGCUACGUGUACGCAGUGGGAGGCAACGAUGGUGUGGCGUCAUUGUCCAGUGUGGAGCGGUUUAACCCACACCUCAACAAGUGGACGGAGGUCAGCGAGAUGGGCCAACGACGGGCUGGAAAUGGAGUCAGCAAACUCAAUGGCUGCCUCUAUGUAGUGGGUGGUUUUGAUGACAAUUCACCGCUGAGCUCUGUGGAGCGCUUUGACCCACGAAUGCACCGCUGGGAGUACGUGUCCGAGCUGACCACCCCACGAGGGGGAGUCGGGGUAGCCACUGUAAUGGGAAGAGUGUUCGCAGUCGGGGGUCACAAUGGGAACAUCUACCUGAACACAGUGGAGGCUUUUGAGCCUCGAAUGAACAGGUGGGAGCUGGUGGGUUCGGUGUCUCACUGCCGUGCCGGCGCAGGAGUGGCGGUCUGUUCGUCUCACGUCAGCCAGAUCAGGGACGUCGGCCAGGGCUCCAGCAACGUGGCCAACUGCAUGUGACCGCCGCUCACUUAUUACCAGGUGACUGAUUGCCAGGACGCCAUCAGAUCUGAUCACUGCACAAGCACACAACACAAAGCACACAGACAGUGACGGAGUGAUUCUGCCCUGCAACUUCAUUUCUGUCGCCACUGUCGCUGAGCGUGAGCCUCAAUCAGCUGAUGUUCAGUUUGCACACAGUGAUCGAGGAAUGUUAAGGAGGCUCUACUGACUUGAAGUGCACAUCUGACAAAUCUGACAGAAUGACGCAUUCAAGACAUUUUUCUUGACUCCCGCUGGUGUUAUUUGCAAUCAGUGAUGUAGUAUUUUGUACUGUAUUUUCCUUUGUUUGACUGCCUUGACAUAGUUGUUUUUUUAAGGGAAGUAGCUGAGCCUUUUAGUAUUUAAUACUAACGUCUCGAGUAUGAGAGGUGAUUUUUGGAUUCAGAACUACUAAGUUAACUGCACAUUCUGAAUGUGGACUGUAUAGUACGCCAGUAUAAACGCAUCUCUUCUUUAAGACUGUCUCUGGUUUCUCGUUGGCUCUGCAGCUGUUUUCAUUAUUCACAGAGAUGUGACAAAUCAGUCAUUUGAAAACUCGUACCGGAUGCAACUCCUUCUUUGCAGUGCAGCGUGUGCAGUUAAAAAUACGAUGUUAAGAUGUCAAUUCCAUUUCCAAGAUUCCUUUGAUCUUAUGCCAAGCAGUUAGACUUUUUAAAGGUGCGUUUCAGAAUUAUUCUAUCAGCAGUUGCAACUGCAGUACGCUGGAUCAUAUUGCAGCAGUUGUAGCUGGGAUUUGCCUGUUAAUGUGUUUGAACAAUCAUUUAAGGCUGAUUAGGACAAAUCAGUCUCUGGGUAGGAGAUGACGGGUCCAAAGAAUUUAACUGCUGCAAGUGCCAAGCACAAAAAAAGUGCGUCAGGCGUUCUACGACGCUGUAGAUGCAAAUCCGGUUCAAUGCCUGCUUAAAUCCUGAGUCGCCACCUUUACCUCGACCUCAGAAUAGAGAAAGUUUUGAUGACUAUCUGACAGUCGAGGACUGACCAGAGCAAUACGGUGCGCCGCUCCAGUUCUUUUUCAGUUUUACAUUAUUGUAUAGAGAUCUGUUCAAACUGACAGGCAAAGAUUUGUGUUUGACGAUAGCUGGACUGUCAGAAAUCCUAAUCAGAGAGCUUUCACAUAUGAGAUGCAGCUCUGCAGAUGGUUGCGUUAUAUUUUAAUAUAUGGAUAUUUUGUAUAAUAAUAAUAAUAAUAAUAAUAAAAUAGGUGUAUCUUUGGUAUUAUCCUUUACUACACUAUCUAAUUCAUUGCUGUGCACUAUUUUCUUAGAAUAGAUGUGAAGUCUGAGUAUAUUUUUGUCAUAAAUGGUGAAUUUCAUGUUCAUGUUGAAGAUGUUUUAUUUAACACUCAUGCCUAUUUCUACCUUAUCUACAAAAGAUUUAAUCAUUUCUGGCAACAGUUUUUUUCAGAAUAGGUUGACAGUGAUGACUUUAAAACAGAAACGCUCUAUACAGUUAUACUACAUAUAUACUUAUCUAUUAUUAUUAUUAUUAUUAUUAUUAUUAUUAUUAUUAUAGCACAUUGUUUCCUGCCAGUUUUAACUCUAGUGCAUUUUGUCAACCUGGAACAUCGUUUUUACACCAGAACCUGAACAAACACUUGAUGCCAACUUUGUUAACAAAUGAGCCAGAAACUUCUUUUGUAAAUCUUUUAGAAACUUUACUGUACUUUGUGUUUCUUCCUUCUUCCUGACUGCUUCCAUCUUGUGCUUUUUAUUUACAUGGUAUUGGUAUAAAUUGGUACAAUAAAGUUAUGUGUAAACCUUA